GGAUAAUGUUAAAACUUUAGCCCAUUCUCCUUACAUUAUUAUAAAAACACAGCAACUAAUGUUCAAAAAAAACCAAACAUCCUUAAUCCUAUCUAAACAAAACACAUUAAUGGCUGGUAACAGUGAUAUUGACGGUGGUAUUUCCGGCAAUUGUUUCCGGUACCUAAUUGUGAGACCAGAAAAAGGUGGGGUUUGGGAUUGGAUGAAGUAUUUACUUUGGGGUGACUUAGAGAGUGGGUUGAGGUUCUUGGAAAGCUCGGACCGGGGUUCGGUGGCGAUGGGCGGCGGUGCCAGUGGCGAAGAAGAGGCGAAUGACCGGUGGAUCAUAAUUGUGUCAAUCGUUGUACGGAAACUGCUUGGUUUGUGUAGUAAGCCAAUGGAGUUGACUGGUUACGGAGUUGACUUCAUUCUCAAUCUUAUUUCUCAAAAUGGAUCUCUCUUAGGUUUAUUAUCAAACACUCUCAAUGGAGAAGUAAUAAUACCAAAGAGAGGCACAGAGACAUUUAUUAGUACAAUUGGACAAUUAGAUGAACGAGUUGAGCUUUAUAAACCCGGUUCAGUCACUGAACGAAUUGUAAACUUGGAAUUGGAUGAUAGAGCAAUAAUGGAUCUGUGCAUGAUGGCAUCAAAGCUAGCUUAUGAAAAUGCUCAAGUUGUUAAAAACGUCGUCGUUCAUCAUUGGAAGAUGCAUUUUGUGGACUUCUACAACGGCUGGGAUGAUUACCAAAAGGAGAAUUCAACUCAAGUUUUUAUGAUAUGUGACAAGCCUAAGGAUGCAACCCUAAUAUUGAUAAGCUUUCGGGGCACUGAACCGUUUAAUGCUAACGAUUGGAGCACUGACAUCGAUUACUCAUGGUAUGAAAUUCCAAAAGUAGGGAAACUUCAUAUGGGAUUUCUCGAGGCAUUAGGUUUAGAAAACAGAGAAGAUAUUAGAACUUUUCGUUAUCAUCUUCAAACAAAGAUCGUAAAAGAGUCUGAUGACAUUGAUAAAAUCGACAUCCGAUCACUAGAUAUGACUGCUUACCAUAUGGUGAGAGAAAAGCUCAGGAGCUUGCUAGAAGAGCACAAGAAUGCAAAAUUUAUAGUUACCGGGCAUAGUUUGGGAGGCGCUUUAGCAAUUUUGUUUCCAAUAGUGCUUGUGAUACAUGAAGAGAAGAAAUUAAUGGAAAAAUUGCUUGGAGUUUAUACGUUCGGACAACCGAGGGUUGGGAAUCGACAACUCGGGAAGUUCAUGGAAGCUCAUUUUGAUCAUCCAGUCCCAAAGUAUUUCAGAGUAGUUUAUAGCAAUGAUCUUGUUCCUAGGUUGCCCUAUGCUGAUAAAACCUUCUUGUAUAAGCAUUUUGGGGUGUGCCUCUACUACAACAGCUGUUACAUUGAGCAGAGGAUGGAGGAGGAGCCAAAUAAAAAUUUCUUUGACAUAGAACAACUGAUCCCUGAACAUGCCAAUGCGGUUUGGGAGUUGAUAAGGGGUUUGGCAAUGGGUUACACUCAUGGACAAGACUACAAGGAAGGAUGGUUCUCAAUACUGGUUAGGGUUUUAGGGUUAGCAAUGCCUGGUAUGUCAGCUCAUUGCCCUACGAACUACAUCAACUCUGUGAGACUAGGAAAGUCAAUGUGACAUCGGAUUUCGAUAUAAGUAUUGAAUAUGGGUAUUUAUCCAUUUGAAAAAUUUUAAGUAUUUGAAUAAUCUUAAAAAUAAUUUCUUCCUUUAGAUGUGUCGGAUGCAAAUACCCGACAUGAUAAAUAAAAAAUAAAGAG